CAUACAUGCAUACAGGAUACAGCCAUGGCGUCGUUCCUCAAGAAACUUGCAGUGGUCGUCGGCUUCGCCAUGGCCUUGCUCGUCGCGUCAAAUGGCGAAGAAACUUCCUCAUUCGGCGGAUCAGCACUCUGUGAUUCGAGCACGGGUGUCACCUGCACGUCCGACGCGGGUUGCGUGACCAUCUGCAAGCAAAGGGCUGGGCAAAACUACGUCAAUGGCUACUGCUCCCCGGAGCCUAAUAAUGCCGUGGGCGGCGGCCGUUCAUGCGUGUGCGUCGAGAGGUGUGGUGCACAACCGACGCCGCUGGAGAAGCCGGCGACGGCGACGACGCCGGCAAGGAUGGGAAUGCUAGACUGAUUGUUUUUUUUUUUUUGUUAAGUGGAUCUGGACAUGAAUGGCUGAACGCCUUUGAUAUCAUCUCGAUCUGCUCU